AAUUUAGCGUUUGCGUUUGCUUCGUCAGACCACUUCCGUAUUGAGCGCGUAACUGGUACUUCCUGUUUGAGUUUUUGCUUGUAAGCGUUAAUCAAAUUUGCCAAGUGGAGGGCGAGCUUUUGUAUUCUUCUCUCUAUGUGGAGUAAAGGUGAUCUAGGUAUUUUUUCUUCCGCUUAUGAUAAAAUUUAACUCAGUGUGCAGACAUUGAUGCCAUCUUCUGGACUGGUUUAUUGAUACAUUUUAAUCAAACGUACUUCGGCAAGUUAGUUCGUAUUACUUUGUAUUUAUAACAUAUUUGGCAAAAUGCAGAUUCACAGCACGACUACAAAGAAGCCCACCUGGAAAUCGACCAUGUUUUCUUGUAGAUGACGUCACGUCGAAGUAGCCAGCCAAAGAGGGAGUAGACCACCACUUUGUUUAGACGACCAAAGCUUUUGGACUUAGCUACUAACACUAAUAUUAACCUUGUAUUAUCUCAUUUACUAGUUGCUGUAGGCUACUAUCAAAAAACUAGAUCGACAAUGUCAUUGGCAGACGAUGUCGGAUGGACAUGGUCCGCGGAUGAGACAAAGGCGCUGAUCUCGGUAUGGUCAGACGAGCAGAUUCUUCUGAAGAUGGAGCAAACGUACAGAAACAAACAUGUUUACAGCGAAAUUUCGGAGCGGUUAAAAGACCUUGGUGUCAAACGGACGUGGAAGCAGUGCCAAAACAAGAUUAAGGCCUUGAAGUGGAGAUACAGAGAAACACUGAGAAACCCAAGCAGUAGCCGACCGUGUCCGUUCUUUUCUGAACUGCACGAAUUUCUCGCCGCCAUGCCUGACAUGCCCGAGUCCAAGGAAACUGACGAGGAGGAAGAUACUGGUCUUCCUCUUCCUCUGUCGUCUCUGCGUCUUUUGGUUCCUCCACUGCGGCUGGUGUCGGCAGCUCUAUGGCAAGUUGUUCAGCGGAGAGACACAAUGGACUAUGGGUUGGUGGAGGAGUUUGUCACCACUGUGUUGGAGAUGAUCCCUGAUCUGAUGAGUUACAGAGAGAAAGUACAACUCAUCAUGGGGCUGCGAGCACAGCUGGUUCUAGAGUUAUGUCGCUCUGAUUGUUCAGCCGACCCAGAGACCAUCCAGCCACACCUGAGCAGAAUGAGGACCUGCAUCAUCACUCAUAGAGAAAAGGAGAUAGAUACAGAGGUGGAGGCAUCGGAAUCAAACUUCUUGGAACUCGUCCAAACUCUUCUAGAUGACCCAAUUGAGAGGGAACACUUCUUCCAGGAUGUUUUUCCAGAAGAAUUCGGGCCCAGGUAUGACGCAGCACUGCAGACUCUGAUGUGGGAGUUCCUCGUCAGGCUGGAGAAGUUGCUUCCAACGCCAACCUUUCAACAGACUGUAUCAUGGCUCAGACCUGCUCCAUCUGUGCUGAAGGAGUGUGCACAGUCUGUGACUCAACCUCAGCCUUUGAAGACUCUCCUCCAGCACAACAGAUGCCAUGGCCAUUUGUUCACUAAUGCUCCUUCAUCUGGUGCUGAUGAUCGUAUCCUCUCUUCACUGUCUCACUCGCUCUCAGAGAGGAUAGAAAUGGACAUUGUUGAAGCACGCUCGCAUAGCCAGUCUUUAUCCACGUGUGCAUCCAGAAAUGAAAGGGACACUUUGAUAGAGCAAGAUAAUGCAGAGAAGGAGCUGGGAAUGAGUUUGGACACGGUUAAGAAGGCAGUGGAAAUGGUGGAUGGAAGGACAGAGGAAUGGGGAGAGAACGUCUAUGAGGAGAGACUGCAACAUGACUUGGCUUAUGAUGUUUUAAAGGUAGAGAUUGUAGAUGGAGAAGACAUGUCCUCAACAUCAUCGAUGACAGCAGACGAGGUUGGAUGGACCUGCUGGACACCUGAGGAGACAAAAUCACUUAUCUCUGUAUGGUCGGAUGAACAGAUUCUUCAUAAGAUGGAGCAAAGCUAUAGAAAAAAACAUGUUUACAGUGAAAUUUCGGAGUGUCUAAAGGAGCUUGGUAUCAAAAAGACAACCAAGCAGUGCCACAAUAAGAUAAAAGCCUUGAAGUGGCGCUACAGAGAAACACUGAGGAACCCAAGCAGCCGACCGUGUCCGUUCUUUUCUAAGCUGCACAAAUUUCUUGCCGCGGUGACUGAUAUGCCUGAGUCCAAGGAAACUGGCAAGAUUUCAGAUGGAGGAGUCAUGUCUUUGGAUCGGGAUAAAGGGCCUUCUGUGGCUGUCGAGUUGGCGCCUCAACGUGAGAAAAUUAUUUCCAGAAAAGUGAAAGACAAGACACUCCCCGGAGAGCAAACCAAAGAGAAAAAGGAGGAUGAAACAUUUUGCAUCCCUCAAAGUGACAGCAAGAUGAAAAGCCCCCCCAAAAAACAUUGUCGCAAACAGAUGGUUGAAGACAUGUCUUCGACAACAUCGGCAGACAAUGACACGCGGACCUGGACCCUGGAGGGGACGAAAGCGCUGAUCUCCGUGUGGUCAAACAAACAGGUUCUUCAGAUGAUGGAGCAAAGUUACCGAAAAAAACAUGCGUACAGUGAAGUUUCAGAGCGGCUAAAGAACAUUGGCAUCAGAAGGACGUGGAAGCAGUGCCAAUCAAAGAUUAAGCACAUGAAGCACAGCUACAGACAAGCACUGAGGAACCCAAGCAUUAGUGGCCGAGCAACCUGUCCGUUCUUUUCUGAACUGCACACAUUUCUAGCCAACAUGCCUGAUAUGCCUGAUUCCAAGGGAACUGGCAAGGUUUCAGAUGGCGAAGUCGUGUCUUCGGAUCAGGAUGAAGGGCCUUCUGUAGAGCUGGAGCAUCUACAUGAGAAAAUGGCGUCUAGGAAAGUGAAAGUCAAGGCACUCCCCGGAGAGCAAACAGAAGAGAGAAAAGGGGAUGAAAGUGACAGCAGAAUGAAUAUUGGAAGAAAACAACACGUGGUUGAAGAGGUGUCUGAUUUAGAACUUCAUCCCGUAGUGCUGCUGACCCAACUUGAUGACAACAGUCUUAUGACAGUUGGUGCUCCUGGUCCUGUUUCCCAUACCGCAGAGCAGUCUCCUAAAAGAAGCAAGCGUGCCAAAAUUUGCUCCUUAUGUGGGAAGAGUUUUGUUGAAGCGAAGGAUUUGACAACACACAUGCGAACUCACACUGAGCAGAGUCCUCACCAGUGCACCCAGUGUGGGGAAGGCUUUGACCAUCAGGACGACUUACAUAAACAUCAGCAGCGUGAGUGUGAGGAGAUGAUGAAACAACAGGAGGUCAAUGAACACCAGCAUGGAAAGAAUGACAGGAUAUCAGGACAGUCCAGUAAUGCAAGUAGUGAUCCCAAAACAUGCCAUCUAUGCCAUAAGACUUUUGAAUUUCAAUAUAUGUUGAGAAGUCAUCUUAUUAUAUUUCACAAAGGCAAAAUACUUUUUAAGUGUCCUCUUUGUCUGAAGGGUUUUGCCUUCCUCCGUGAUUUGAAGAAACACCAGAGUAACAAAAGAGGUUGUCCUACAAGUGAAGCCGUCAAAAAAAGGAAGGAGCUAAGAUCAAAAAGCCCUUCUGCUCGCAUCAUUCCAGAACUUUCCUUAAAUGCAAAUCAUUCCAAAACAUGCCCUGUAUGCCAUGCAACGUUUUCACAAACGUCUAGUUUGAAAAGCCACUUUCUUCACCAUCACGCCCCAGACAAGAGCCGCUUUAAGUGUCCCAGUGCUUUGAAGGCUUUUGUAUCCCACAGUCAAAGGAAGAGACACCAGCAGAAUAAAAGAGGUUGUCGGUUAGAGAGAGUUUACAAACAUGGGACUAAGCCAGCAUGGUCACUGGCUCCAAGGGAAAAUAAAAAUGACAUUCCUCAGCCUUCCAGUACAGCAACCCAGGAACCACCAAUCUCUCAAGCCCCCACCACUACAGCACAGUCCUCUAAUAAAAAGACAAUUCCUAAAGCAUGUCCUCUAUGCCAUAAGACUUUUAAAUUUGAAGCUACAAUGGUAAGGCACAUUGCUUCACACCAAAAGGAAAGUCUCAACAAGUGCCCUGACGUCUUGAAGUGCACCUUUUGUGAAGAGAUCUUUUCACAGGGCAUGGACCUGAAGAGUCACUACAGUCGUACUCAUCAAUUUACGGGACCGUUCCCCUGUCCUUCUUGUCAGAAGACUUUUGUUUCGUUAACUGAGCUGCGCUUACAUCAAAGAAACGAGUCCACUCCUUACCAGUGCUCAGUGUGCCAGCGAUUAUUCCGAACACAGUAUACCCUGACUAUUCACGAGCGAAUUCACACAGGGGAGAAACCGUUCCUCUGCGCCGAGUGUGGAAAGGGUUUCCGGAGUGAAAAACUACUGCAAUCGCACUCUAAGAGUCAUGUCGAGGGAAAACCCCACGCUUGCUCCACUUGUGGGAAAAGGUUCCAGAGAAAAGAGCUAUUGAAACAACACAUGUUGCAUCACACAGAUGCUGCUUUCAUCUGCCCAGACUGUGGGAAGAAGUUUUUUCAGUUGGUAUGGUUAAGAAGGCAUAUGUUAAUGCACACUGGCGAGAGACCAUUCCUCUGUGACCUCUGUGGGAAGGGUUUCAAAUCUACGGCUGAAUUGAGGAUACACACCCGGACACACACUGGAGAACGGCCAUUCAAGUGUCCAGAAUGUGGCAAAGGUUGUAGGCAGAAGAGUGAGCUGCAGGAGCAUCUGCGGAGGCACACAGGGGAGCGGCCGUAUCCAUGCACAGUGUGCGAUAAACGCUUUUAUGUCAGCAAAGAUAGAAAACGACAUAUGCUCAUACAUACUGGAGAGAAGCCGUUCAAAUGUCAAGCAUGUGGCAUGGCGUUCAACCGUAAAGCACUUUUGAGGGUACACCAAAAAAACAAGUUGUGUUUAUAUAGCCACACAAGUCCCCUACAUUACACUCCCCUACAUUACACAUCAUUGUAAUGUUGGGGAUUUGUGUGGCGUGAUCAGUGUUGGGAUUCAUUACUUAGAAAAGUAAUCUAUUGUUACAUUUAAGAAAAUUCAUCUUGUCACGUUACAAUAUUGUUGCAUGAAAAGUAGUAUAUUACAUAUUACUUGUUGUGAUUGUGUUUUUUUUCUCUUUUUCUUCCGCUGUCCAUUCAGCACCAUGGAGCUCCACUAUAGGCCUACCUGUAUCAGAUGAGCAAAGCCACCCCUAAGGCGCUAUCCUAGGUGCUGAAUCCUUCAUUCGCAAUUACAAUUGAUAGCCUGAUAUUGUCACCCAUCAGACCUGUGAAUUUAAUCUGGUCUUUAGACUGCGUCUAUUGUUAUUGUUGUUAUUAUAUGUGUGAAAUUAUUUUCAAUAUAGUUUAGGUGUUUCGAUUGGCCGUUAGUCAACUGUCGGGUGAAGGAAGGGCAGCGUGGGGAAAAAAAGGAAUGCAUGUCCUCCUAAAAGUGCUUAGAACACACUCUUGAUUGUCAUAUCGAAAUUCUAACGUCAGUCAGUGUGUUAAAUGGACUUAUUUAGGAAAGGUCAAGGACAGAGGAGGUAUGACUAUUACAAUGCAUUUUGUGUAGGGUUCAUAUGACAGCUGCCAUAUAUCUCAGCAAAAAAAGAAAUGUCCUCUCACUGUCAACUGUGUUUAUUUUCAGCAAAUUAACGUGUAAAUAUUUGUAUGAACAUAAGAUUCAACAACUGAGACAUAAACUGAACAAGUUUCACAGACAUGUGAAUAACAGAAAUUGAAUAAUGUCUCCCUGAACAAAGGGGGGUCAAAAUCGAAAGUAACAGUCAGUAUCUGG